AUGUGUUGUUCAAGAUUACUUUUCUUCUUCUUCUCCUUCUCCUUCUUUCUCAUACACCCUGCUACUCGCACCGAUGCCCAGUACUGCUCUAAUGAAAAUGGUAACUACACCAGCAACAGUACCUACAGGGCAAAUCUCAACACCCUCCUGGCCUCCAUGUCUUCCAACACCGAGAUUGAUUACGGGUUUUUCAAUUUCUCAGCCGGAGAAACUCCCGACAAAGUAAACGCGAUUGCACUUUGUAGAGGAGACAUUUCGCCGGAAGAAUGCCGUAAUUGUGUCAAUUCGACGAGUUAUGAUCUCUUAAAAAAUUGUCCCAACCAGAAGGAGGCAAUCACAUGGCCCGAUAAAUGUAUGCUACGAUACUCAAACAGAUCUAUACUUGGUGUUAUGGAGGAUUCCCCUAUAUAUGCCUGGUACAACAUCGGAGAUGUCCCGGACGUCGAAGGGUUCAACGGAGUGCUAGGUCCCUUGUUAGAUAGACUAAUAAGCCGCGCCGCAUCGGGAAAUUCUACUCGCAAGUUUGCUGUGGAAAGCGCGGCUGCUCCCAAGUUCCAAACGAUACAUGCACUUGUGGAGUGCACUCCUGAUUUGGACCGGCUACAAUGCAGCAACUGCCUGGAUACAGUUAAAGGAUAUAUUCCACAAUGUUGUAAUGGAAAGCAGGGAGGGAAAUUUGCGGCACACAGCUGUGAUAUAAGGUUUGAGAUAUACGGUUUCUAUGACACUACAUAUGAGGCACCACCACCGUCAGUGCCACCGCCAUCACCGGUGCCACCACCAUCCACCCCACCGGUACUACCGCCUCCACCUACACAAGGAAAGAAAAGUAGCAAAUCUCCAUCUGCAAUUGUUAUAGUCGUGCCCACUGUUGUUUCUGUUGUACUAAUUAUCUGCAUCGGCAUCUACAUAUGCUUCUUCUAUUCAAGAGUGAGGAAGGCAGGGGAGAAAGUUGAAAGUGAAGCCGUGGAUGAAAUUAGUAGUGUUGAAUCGUUGCAAUUCGACUUUGGCACAAUUAAAGUUGCUACAGAUAACUUUUCAAAUGAAAAUAAACUUGGACAAGGUGGAUUUGGUGCUGUCUACAAGGGUAGACUCCCAAAUGGAAAUGAAAUAGCUGUAAAGAGAUUGCUCAAACCUUCUGGACAAGGAAAUUUAGAAUUUAAGAAUGAAGUUGUGUUAGUAGCUAGGCUUCAACAUCGGAAUUUGGUAAGGCUCAAAGGAUUUUGCUUGGAAGGAAGUGAAAGGAUUCUAAUCUAUGAGUUUUUGCUUAAUGGAAGCCUCGACAAAUUCAUAUUUGAUCCAAUCAAGCGUGCACUUUUGGAUUGGGAAAGGCGCUAUAAAAUUAUACGAGGCGUUGCUCGAGGACUUCUUUACCUUCAUGAAGAUUCUCAACUUCGUAUUAUUCAUCGCGAUCUAAAACCUAGUAACAUUUUAUUAGAUGCAGAUAUGAAUCCUAAGAUUUCAGAUUUUGGCACAGCAAAAUUGUUUGUGCUAGAUCAAACUCAAGACAGUACAAAUCAAAUUAUUGGGACCUAUGGAUAUAUGCCACCAGAAUAUGUAAUGCAUGGAUGCUUUUCAGUGAAAUCCGAUGUCUUUAGUUUUGGUGUUUUAGUUCUAGAAAUUGUGAGUGGGGCAAAAAUCAAUUCUUUUCGAAAGGGAGAGAGUGAAGAAGGCCUUUUAAGCUAUGCAUGGAAAAAUUGGAGGCAAGGGACAUCUUUAAAUCUUGUAGAUCCCAUAUUGAGGGGCGGUUCAACAACUGAAAUACUCAGAUGCAUCCACAUUGGGUUACUUUGUGUUGAAGAAAAUAUAGCUGACAGGCCAACAAUGGCUUCAGUGCUUCUUAUGCUUAAUAGCAACUCUGUCACUCUUUCAAUACCAAAAAAACCUGCAUUUCUUAUGGGUAGGAGCAGUAUAUUAGACAUGUCGUCUCAAAGGGAGCAGAAUAUUACGGCAAUACGGCCAAAUCAAUCUGGAAGCAGCUCUGUCGAAGCCUCGGUAAAUGAGGCUUCAAUUACUGAGCUAUAUCCUCAUGCAGAGACUUCAUUGUUUGAGAAGUCUUCGUACGGUGUAUUUGGAGAUAGUUUGACAAAGAGACAAAGCCUUUCCUUUUUGACUAUUAUGAGCCAAUUUUUCAACAGAUUACUGUUCUUCUUUUGCUUCAUUCUUGUACAAGCUGUUACUCCAACGGUUGCCCAGCAUGUCUGCAGCGGUGGUAACUACACCAGCAACAGUACCUAUGGGGCAAACCUCAACAGCGUCCUGGCCUCCAUGUCUUCCAACACUGAAAUUGAUUACGGAUUUUACAAUUUCUCCGCCGGAGAAGACCCCGACAAAGUAAACGCGAUUGCACUUUGUAAAGGAGACAUCUCUACGGACGAAUGCCGUAGUUGUGUAAAUUCGACGAGUUUCGAUCUCUUACACACGUGGUGUCCGAACCGGAAGGAGGCAGUCAUAUGGCCCGAUAAAUGUAUGAUACGAUACUCGAACAGAUAUAUAUUUGGCGUUAUGGAAUCUUCCCCUGGAUUUCAAGUUUACGCCCUCCAAAACGCCUCAAACGUAGAAGGGUUCAACCAGGCACUAAGAAUCUUGUUAGCUGGACUAAGAAACAACGCUUCAUUAGGCAAUUCUACUCGCAAGUUUGCCAAGGGGAGCGCGGCAGCCCCUGCCUUCGAAACAAUAAAUGCACUUGUGCAGUGCACGCCGGAUUUGGACCAGCUGGAAUGCAGCGACUGUCUGUCGGCGACUGCGGAACUUAUUCUUGUUGGAUCGGUGGGAGGGAGAUAUGGGACACCCAGCUGUGGUUUAUGGUAUCAGCGGGACGUACUGCCACCUGCAGCAUCUCCUCCACCACCGGCCGUACUGCCACCUGCAGCAUCUCCUCCUCCGCCUCCGCCUCCGCCUACAGAAGGUACUAAAUCAUCUUCAUCUGUAAUUGUUAUAGUCGUGGCAACUGUUGUUUCUGUUGUAGUAAUCAUUUGCAUCUGCAUCUGUAUCUGGAUAUGCUUCUAUUUAAGAGUGAAGAAGGCAGGGGAGAAAGUUGAAAGUAAGCCAGAAAUUGUUUCAGGCCAAUCUGCAAAUGAAAUUAGUAGUAUUGAAUCAUUGCAAUUCGACUUUGGCACAAUUAAAGUUGCUACAGAGAACUUUUCAAAUGCAAAUAAACUUGGACAAGGUGGAUUUGGUGUUGUUUACAAGGGUAAACUCCCAAAUGGACAAGAAAUAGCUGUAAAAAGGUUGCUCAAACAUUCUGAACAAGGAAAUUUAGAAUUUAAGAAUGAAGUUGUGUUAGUGGCUAGGCUUCAACAUCGGAAUUUGGUAAGGCUCAUAGGAUUCUCCUUGGAAGGAAAUGAAAGGCUUCUAAUCUAUGAGUUUUUGCCUAAUGCAAGCCUUGAUAAAUUCAUAUUUGAUCCAAUCAAGCGUUUACUUCUGGAUUGGGAAAGAUGCUAUAAAAUUAUAGAAGGCGUUGCUCGAGGAAUUCUUUACCUUCACGAGGAUUCUCAAUUUCGUAUUAUUCAUCGCGAUCUAAAACCUAGCAACAUUUUAUUAGAUGCAAAUAUGAAUCCUAAGAUUUCAGAUUUCGGCACUGCAAAAUUGUUUGUACUAGAUCAAAGUCAAGACAAUACAAAGAAUAUUAUGGGGACCUAUGGAUAUAUGCCCCCAGAAUAUGUAAUAUAUGGACGCUUUUCAGUAAAAUCAGAUGUGUUUAGUUUUGGUGUUUUAAUUCUAGAGAUGUUGAGUGGGACAAAAUUAAGUUCUUUUCGAAAGGGAGAGAGUGAAGAAGGCCUUCUUAGUUAUGCAUGGAAACAUUGGAGAAAAGGGACAGCUUUAAAUCUCAUAGAUCCCACAUUGAGGGCUGGUUCAACAAUUGAAAUAUUAAGAUGCAUCAACAUUGGAUUACUAUGUGUUCAGGAAAAUGAAGUUGACAGACCAACAAUGGCUUCAGUUGUUCUUAUGCUUAACGGUAACUCUAUCACACUUUCAGUACCAAAAAAACCUGCAUUUCUUAUGGACAGGAGCACUGUAUCUGACAUGUCGUCUAAAAGGGAGCGGAAUAUUAGGGCGAUUCGGUCAGAUGCAUCUAGAAGCAACUCUGUUGAAGCCUCAAUAAAUGAAGCUUCAAUUACUGAAGAACUAUAUCCGCGUUAAAAUAUAAGAGUAGUUCUCCA